CAAGCUGAAACUGAUAGGUAACAACUCAGAAGUCCGUUGUCCUACAUGCCUCUGAUUUAAAAGAACAAAUGAUGGUACGGAGAAGAGACAUAACUCCCAUCUGAUGAUAACGGUCAGGAAAAGGGAAGAUAGCAGGGCUGUUUCCUUGGGGCUCCAUUCUAUAUACGGAUCUUAUUUCUAGACUUUUUCAACGUUUUCAGGCCAAAAGAACUGUGGGUAACCCUCUCUGGAAAUUCCGAUCCCCCCAGUCCGACCCACCCCCCGCCCCACUCCCACCCCCGACCCUUGCAGAGACAACACUUGCUCAGCUCCCCACAAAGCAAUCAGAACUCGGUGUGCUAAGUCUGGAGAUGAUGGCUCGGGCUAAACCAGGAGGCGGGGCGCAGGCGGCAGAGUGGAUCCUCAAGGGCGGAGCCGCGCAGGGGCGGGGCCACGUCUGCGACUAGCCCUUCCAGUUCCAUAAAUCUCGCCCAGCCGACCUGGGCCCCAGACAUGGCUGGAGAGCAGAGUUCACCCGCCAGCGGCUCGACGCCUUCUCCUACUGCGGAAGGCGCGGUCGCAGGACCAUCUGGCGAGGGUUACGACCCUAAGUGCGUGUUUUGUCGCAUCGCUCGACAAGAGGAGCCUGGCACCCAACUGUUGCCCUGCGAGUCUGAAGACCUGGUUUGCUUCCCAGAUAUCAGACCUGGGGCACCACACCAUUAUCUUGUGGUGCCAAAGAGGCACAUUGGAAACUGCAAAAUUCUAAAGAAAGAAGAUACAUCCUUAGUGGAGAAAAUGAUCACUGUUGGAAAAACCGUUCUUCAGCAGAAAAAUAUCACUAACCUGAGUGAUGUGAGAAUGGGUUUCCACUGGCCUCCAUUCUGUUCUAUAGGCCACUUGCAUCUUCAUGUCCUGGCACCAGCCAGUCAAAUGGGCUUCUUAUCCAGAUUGAUUUAUAGACGCAAUUCAUACUGGUUCAUCACAGCUGAUCAGAUGAUGGAACGACUACAGGCUUGAAGUGCUACCAGCUGAAGAGUUGUCUUGAUCUUGGCUCACAGUAAACUAAAAACUUGGGUGCUUAGAAAUCUCUUAUAGUUUGAAGUAUAUAGUGACAGGCCAUCUGAAGCAGUCUAGAAUGUUCUAACUGAAAAGAUAUGAAAAGCAAGGUUUGAAUCUUAAUGUGUCUUGUGAUUAUAAUUCACAGAAGUAACUUCUUAAUAACCUUGGGAGUGCUUUUAAUAGAAAAUGUCAGCUCUGUAAGAUAUUACAGGUAAAAUCACAUUAAAACUUACAAAGAAGAGUUAUAUAUGUUACAUAGAUACUUGUGCAUGUGUAUAGAAGGGACGUUAUUUUCAUAUCAAGGUCUUACCACCCAAAAAUUCUGCUAUAGUACUUUUAAAAAUUUACUUUCAUUAUUUAUUGAAUAUUUAUAAGUUAUUUUCUUUAAUAAUAGUACCUGGUUAUGUGCUACUGUAUAGCAGGAAAGGAAAGAAGACUUAAACCAAGUUAUUUAUUCCCAAAUCUUCUUCUAAUUCAGCAGUAAUUAUUUCUUAUUCCUCUCACCCUUUCUCACUUAAAUAUUAUCCUAAUACAUUGAGAAAACAUAAUCCAAGGAUUCCAGUAACUUGGAGCUGGAGGAGUGGCUUGUGUAUGAGACACCACUUACCUUUUUGCUGGCUCGGAGUGCUUCCCAUUGUUUAAAGUUCAGCUUUUCUCCAGGCAGUUCAGCCUCAGCUUCCUAAAGGCUGUGAGCAUGAUUUCUAGCAAUGCACUCAGUUUUUUAAAAAUUAGCUAUCAGAGUUUUACUGUCUAAGAUUUUACCUGUAAUGACAUGGGUUAGUGAAGAAAUCUUUAUAAUAUGUAAACUGAUGAUAUAAAUGUAUUAAAAUUGGCAGCAACUUUUAAAAUGAUAUUCUUUUCUUCUCCCUGAUGGAAAUUGAAUAAAAAAUAAUAAAAAUCUGUUCUUCCUCUACAGCUUUUUCCUACCAUCCUGUCAACACCCCAAAAAUCUUCUUAGGUUUUAUAGAAAUAGGGGGUCUUGUUUGAUAUCUAAAAAGCAAUGGAGGCCUGGCCUUAGAAGGAGCGAGACCUGCCUCUUAAUAUAUACUAACUGUGGGAUCCUAGGAAAGUCACUUAAACUCCCUAGUGUAUCUCUAUAGGAUGAAAAUUUGUUAGAGAUGUGUUUCUAAUUGUAUUGGUAGAGAGAUUUCCACCCCAGGAGUUCUCAACCUUGAUGAAAUCAUAGGUCAGACAAAAAUAAAUAGAAUUCUUGUUCCUGCUAGUUCAUUUUAAUGGGUAUAUUGCUAAAAAGAAGGAUAUCUCAGUCUAGGUACUAAUCCAUUUUAUUACAUCUCUAGAAAGAGAUGUAGAAAGUUUUCACUUAAAAUAGAUUGGAGAAUUUUAUAUUUAUAUAAAAUAUAUAAAAUUUAUAUAUAUAUAUAUUAUAUAAUCUGGCACUUAACGAAGAUAACCCAGUGAAGGGUUUCAUUCAUUGAAUCCCAUUUUCCAUUAUUAUUAGUUCAAGUGUGAAAUGAGCUUUAAGAUUUAAUUUUAGUUACUGGAUUCAGGAGACUUAGGAGUAGACUCAUGGGUUUGUAUACACCAUAGACUUGGAGAGUGUUUUGAGUUUGAAGAAACCGUAGCUAUUGGCUAAGAUACCAUUUUAGAUGUCAUCUGGUCCAUCAACCUCAUUAUUUGGAAAAUGAGGCCCAAAAGAGUUAAAUGACCUUCCUGUAGUCAGUUAGCAAGAUAUGUAGUAGCAAAAGAAGAACAAGAACCUCGGUCUUCCGAGUUCUCCAUCCAUUGCUGAGUUGGUGGUCCUGGCGCUAAAAACAGCAAAUGUGGUUGAAUAUGAAAUAUGUUUUAGCUUGGCUUUCUAGAGAGCUCAUAGUAUAUACAUAUAUUAAAAAUAUAUAUAUAUAUACACACACCUGCCUUGCUGAUGAAAGUACUGUCAGUAUCUUUGUCUUUAUAAGUCACUGGUCAGGAAAGGAGCUUUUAUUCUUGCUUCUCACCUUAUUGACACUUUGUCAUUUAACUUAAAAUAAUGGAUUCGAACAGCCUUAUCUGAAUAUGCAUAUUUAACAGACAAUAACGAGGUGCUAUUAGUGAACUUUAUAUUUCUGUUUACAAGCAGUGCAAUCUCUUCUGGACAGUCCAUUGAUGAAUAUGUAAAUAGAUACAAUUAACUCUCAAAUAACACUUUUUUCUUCCUCUCCCAAUUGGAAACCCCAAGGAAGAUGAGGAAACUUAUUUUUAUUAGGGGUCCAUCAUGUUGCUGACCGAAACUAUGUUUUUCAGUUUACUAAACUUUUCAUUUGGCCUUUAUAGUAGAAUAGAUUGAAGGGGACUCACUAGCCCCUUUUCAAGAUUUGGUCGGCAAAAAUAAUAAUUUGUAAGCUUUUCCAAAAAUGUUAUAGUAGUUUGGAAGAUAUUAUUUUGGAAUAUCGUGAUACUUUGUAACUACUGAAUUGUGAGACUUGCUAGAUUGUCAGUACUGAGCCACAUAAAGUAAUGUGAAAGUGGAAAAGUAAAAAUUAAAAGUACUUUGUGUCAA